AUCUGUCUGUACACCCCACCUUCCUAGGAUGUCGUUGAACCUUGAAAGCGCCGUCGUGCCAAAAGCCCGCUGGUCGGCAUGGAUGAAAGAAUCCUACGCGAAUCGCGCUCCACCUGUGCUCGGUACUGUCAAUAUCCAGGAGUUGGAAGACCGUGCGCGCGAGAAGCUGAAGAACCGUGAGGAUGCGUUCAUGUAUGUGUGCGGCAGCGCAGGCACCAAUUCGACCACCGCCAACAACAGAAAUGAGUUCCAGAGAUGGAAAAUCAUCCCUCGUAUGCUGUACGACGCGACGAACCGCUCCGUUGAGACGACCAUCUUCGGGGUCAAGUACUCAUCACCACUCUUCGUUGCGCCUGUGGGUGUACAAGGAAUCGUGCAUCCAGACGGCGAACUGGCGACUGCAGGAGCAGCAGGUGCUCUCGGCGUCCCAUACAUCAUGAGCACGGCGUCGACCCGCUCUAUCGAAGCGGUCGGCAAAGCGAACGGCUCUGGGCCCCGCUGGUAUCAGCUAUACUGGCCGACCUCAAACGACAUUACCAUCUCCAUCCUGAACCGCGCCAAGAAGAGCGGCUUCACCGCGCUCGUCAUCACGCUCGACACGAUGCUGCUCGGCUGGCGGCCGCACGACAUCCCCACCUCGUACCUGCCCUUCUUCCACGGCGUCGGCGCACAGGUCGGGCUCACGGACCCCGCGUACAUGGCCAAGUUCGGGCUGGAGCCGUACCCCGAAGACGACCACCCGCCGCACCCAUACGACCCGGUGCGCCUCGAGGAGCUCAUCCAGCGCGGCGACAAGGACGCGGCGCAGCGCGCGAUGCUGGGGAAGAACUGGAUCGGCGAGACGACGUCGGGCACGUUCAGGAAGUGGGAGGAGCUCGCGUUCCUGAAGCAGCACUGGGACGGCCCGCUGGUGCUCAAGGGCAUCAUGCGCCCGCAGGAUGCGGAGCUCGCCAUCGAUUAUGGCGUGGACGGCAUCGUGGUGUCCAACCACGGGGGACGCCAAGUCGAUGGGUGCAUCUCCUCCCUUUACGCGCUCUCCCAGAUUAUGAAGAGCCCCAAGGUGCGCGCAGCCCAGGCUAGCGGCAAGUUCACCAUCCUCUUCGACUCGGGCAUUCGCACGGGCAGCGAUAUCAUCAAAGCUGUCGCGCUCGGCGCGCAGGGGGUGCUCUACGGGCGGCCGUUCAUGUAUGCGUUGGCGCUUAAGGGCAGAGAAGGUGUGGAAGACCAGCUCCGCGCCAUCCUGGCGGAUCUAGAGGUGUCACUUGGCCUUGCGGGCUACUCCAGUUUGGACGAAAUAUUCGGCAAGGCAGACGAGAUUCUGGUGAGGGACUGAGAGCCUGGAGACAAGGGACAUGCACCUACCACUCUGGUAAUGCGACGCACGAUGAGACGCUAGC